AUGGGAACGGGACGUGGCAAGGAUCUGUGGAAACCCCCUCCCCACGAGGUGAAGCGGAGUCCGCUCCAGAGCCCCGAAGUUGGGGUCGGGGAUGUCACAGAAAUCACCAGGGCAGCCAAUUCCCAUCCACAGGGGGCCCAGGAUGACCCAGCACCCUCAAGCUCAGCCCCAAGCUCGGGCCAGGGAGUGAAGCCCUUGUCCCCAAGCAACAGAGUGAAGCCGGGACCAGCGACCAGAAGUGCUUCUGACGUUAACGCGACACACGGAAGGUGCGUAGGGUACGUAGUGGAAGUGACCGCAGAGGCCUCUGGGUAUUGUAGUUUUGGAGCUAGAGAGGCGGGCAAGCAGUUGGCUUUGCCCACACAGGGUGCCUCUGACAUCUGCACAGCGCACACAGCCGAGUUUAAGAGCCCACUGUUAAGAUGCCCAAGUGACGUUGACAAGUUUCUCCUCUGCGAGCCAAUGAGAUCUGAUGACUGCGAGAGCAUCAUGGGACCGCCAAAGGAUUCUGGAAAAUGCGGUCCCGGGUGGCCAGUGUGCGCUGACCUUCACCUGCAGGUGCGGCUUGAGGGAAACUUCUGGAGGGUGGGGUGGAAUUGAAGCAGAGGCACAAUUGUAACCUUUCUGCUCAAUAUGGGUGUUUUCUUUAUGCAUUAGUUUGUGUUUUUAAAGAUAUUGCAUUAAAAAUUUGUUUAUCU